AUGUUUGUGAGCCGGCUGGCCUGGCCACUGGCAUGGCUAGCUUUGGCGACCAUGACAGUGGCUGCAGGAUCAUCGACAGCAACUUCAACAACCUCUUCCUCGACCGGUAUAUCAACCCAUACAAUCCAGGUGGGACCUAAGUCAAAUCCACAUCAAUUUGUCCCAACAGACAGAACAGCCAAAGUGGGCGACAUUGUCGUCUUUGAAUUUUACCCAACGAACCACUCUGUCGUAAAAUCAGACUACCUCGCUCCUUGUGUACCAGCAAGUGAGAACGUCUUUUAUUCGGGAGCCUUCACGACUUUCAACGAGCACGAUGGACAACUCGUCGGACCACCCCCGACUUGGUCCUUGCGAGUGAAUGAUACCAAGCCCACCUUUUUCUAUUGCACUGCAAUAGAUUCAUGCAUAAAGAAUGGAAUGGUCGGAGUGAUCAACGCGCAUGGAUUCAGGCUGACUGACGAGAACCUGCAGAACACAACCCAAUCAUGGGACACGCAAUACGAAAGAGCUCUGAAAUAUCCUUAUAUGCUAGUUCCAGGCCAGUCCAUGCCCGCCGAAGGCGACGGUAGUGGUUCCAGCAGCGAUAACAAAAGCAGCGGUGACAGCUCUUCUGCCGAUAAGCAUGGUCUUAGUACGGGGGCGAUUGCAGGUAUCGCGGUUGCAGGUGUGGUCUUUGUGGCUAUAUUGGUGGCACUGUUCUUCGUCCUCGGUCGCAAUCGCGUGUACUCGCAGUGGAUGUCCUCGGAAGAUGGGCGCACGGAACGAACCGCACGCUGGGCACUCUUCAACCACGGCGAGCCAUACGGCCACGGGAAAAGUGAAGCGGGGAGUACUGUCCCUACCCACAAGCCGGCUCAUAUCGAUAUCCCCGCCGUCUCUAGUCCAGAUCCGAAUGCGCGCACACUUUCACCUGGGGCGGGAGUUAUCUCUGGUGCUGGUUCUCCGUCAAUGCAGCAGGGCCACGGGAGUUGGAAUGAGCCUCCUCAACGUGCCCGUGCAAGCGCAAUGGCCACAGAGCUGGAGGGUCACCCCAUGAUCUGGGAGGCACCAGGUAGCACCCCGGGGUAUCGGUUCUGA